AUGGAUGCCAUCAAGAAGAAGAUGCAGAUGCUUAAGCUCGACAAGGAGAAUGCCUUGGACAGAGCUGAGGGAGCCGAGGGAGACAAGAAGGCAGCAGAGGACAAGAGCAAACAGGUCGGCAUUUUAUUUGGAAAAUCAAAAUGAUCCUAGAAAAAGCACCCGAAUAGCUGUGGCUCUGUGCGCCACUGUCUCUAAACAUGGACCACCUCUACAAUGUGGAUUUAUCACUUUUACGGAUCAUUCCAAAUAAGGAGUAUUAAAGUUAUAUAUAUGAAUAACUUUUCACAACUGGUAGGCUAAUUAGUGACGUGCGUAUGAAUUAUUGAAAUCAUUUUGUGAAUAAUUAUGUCCAUUUCACUUAUUGAUGGGUGGAUGGAGUUGUAUUACUGUAGCCUUAUUAAUUAUACGUGGGAAAAUAUUUGCGUAUAGAAAACUGUAGGGUAAUUAUAAGUGGGAAUUAUAGAAUAAUUACUGUAAUGGGGAAUACUGCUGUAGUGGGGAAUAUGGAUAGGCUAUUGAGAAACAUGUAGGCUAUACUUUCAGCAUAAUUGCAAUAGUAUUAUCACUUGUUUCAGAUGUUCUAUUCACCUAAAUAAAAUGUUGUCCUUUAUGCAUGUGUAGUUAGAGGAUGAAAUAAGUGAAUUGGAAAAGAAAUUGCGGAUCACCGAAGAUGAGAGAGAUAAAGUGCUUGAUGAAUUCCAAGCCGCCGAGGAAAAGAUGCUGAGCGCCGAGGAGGUGGCCACCAAGGUAUUUUGUGUGGCUCGCAUGAUUUUCCCUAACUUCUCUAUUCUCUCUCCCUUUCGUUUGUCUGCGCUCUUGUGCCUUGUGUGCGCUCACGCCCUCUGUUUCACGCUGAUCACCCCUGUGAAACUAUCCACACUUAAACACACCUCAGCUCGAGGAUGACUUGGUAGCUCUGCAGAAGAAGCUGAAGGGAACAGAGGAUGAGUUGGACAAGUACUCUGAGUCUCUUAAGGAUGCCCAGGAGAAACUUGAGCUGGCUGAGAAGAAAGCCACCGAUGUAAGUAAAGGGCACAAAAUCACAAUUCCUGCACACUGCUUCCCACAUCUUUACUGUCUCACAGAUCAAACUGUAAAAUAUGUAAAAAUGACAGUGUAACAUGAGAGGCCUUUAUUCUGUCUCAUCACUUGGUCUAAAGUCCAUUCUCAGAUAACCAAAUGUAGGUAGAAUACCGUGUAGCUGUGGUGCACCUGUCCAGCCCUAUAUGUCUAUGGGCCAACUGGAAAGUAGUCUAUUAUGCUAUAUAUAUAAUAUUUAAAUCACAUAAACAAUCAUGAUAUCGUGCCAGAUAUUGUUGAACUGUCAUUUUAUAUAUUUUGUUUAUGUUUGUGUUUGUGUUUGUUUGUCUGUUAUCAAAGAUCACAAGUCACCUAAGUCAUAUCAACCUAAAAAACUGUUUUCUUGUGUUUGAAUGUCUCCACAUUUGAGAUGGCCACAUAUGAUACCCCCAAGCUAUACGCUACAUCAAUGUAAGACAGUAAAUCAGAUUAUUCUCUACAGCUCCCUAAGAGGGGACAUUUAUGAGUGUAAACUGAAUUAGUUAAAAGUGCAGUUUCCAAGAAGAGAGCAAGCUCAGCGCAGGGAUAAAUAUAACUCACUUCUUUAUAUGGUCAAUGGUCAAGUUAGACUGAGCUUACUUCUUUGGGCUGUUCUUGCAACAGACUACAGUAAAUUAGAUUUUCCUCUGAACAUGUAAUUUUUUGUUCCUAUAAUUGUUGUUUUGAGGUCAGUUUAGUUAAACCCAUGGGCUACCAAGAGUGUAAUUUGACUUCAUGCGGGGAAACUUGAAAUUAGGGACAUACUCCAUAAAAUGGAAAACUAUGCCAAAUAUGUGUGUCUGUAGAUUCAUGUGUGACACAAGGAGCUGCAUCCAGGGGCAGAAGAAAAGUAUAAAAUACAUAGGCUGGAAUCCAAGGCUAAGUAAAGAUUAACAAAGAAAAAACAUUAGCAAAAAUCAAUCAUGAAGAGGUAAUCAAAUUAAAUGUGACAUUCAGUUGACAAUUGAUUUUCAUUUUUUGAAAGUGUCCAUAGGGUAGCCUACAUCUCAAUAGAUUGAAGGGACUUCCUAUGCUCAUCUCCUUUCCUUUAUCUGCAUUGAUAUAAUAUAGUUAAACUGGUGAAAGUAAAUUCAUGUAAGGCAUUUACCAUUGUGCUUUCAUCUAUCCUAUGAUUUCAUAUCACUGCAAAUGAAGGAAAAGAGAUCAGAAAAGAAACCACUUGUUGAACUCCUUGAGUAAGAUUCUACAAAUGGAUAUAGAGGGACUCCUCUUGGGGCUAUUUAGGAACUACAGUCUGAAAAUCUUUUCAGUCCCAUGUGUACUUUAUAGAUAACACCAGCAGAUGGUGCUAUAUGCCAGUGCACAGUAGCCUACCUGAGGAACGCUUAUAAUAACAAGGCGUGUCCUUAUCAUUACUGUAUGUCUACCACAUAUACACUUUUUAUUAUGACCAAAUGUUGUUUGACCAUUAUUAUAUUACGAAAACAACGAAAUAAAUAUUUGUUUGUAUACUUUUCAAGAUAUUUUCGUUUGUUGUAGCCUUGGAAUUGUCUAUGAAAACAAGGUUACUUCCGGUGUAAUGUUCAGUUAUUGCUGUGUGCGUCCACACAGACGACUCGAGUAUCGCGGGCAGCCUCUCUCGUACAUUUCAGGGUGUCGUUGCGUUCCAUGUCCAUUCCAAAGAAAGUCUUAAAAACGUAGUUUUCUUAGUAAGUUGACAUAAUGGCAGGUAUAGCAUCCUUGGAGGCGGUUAAACGGAAAAUAAAAACCUUGCAACAGCAGGCUGACGGCGCCGAAGAGAGAGCUGAAAGACUACAGAGAGAAUUGGGCUUGGAGAGGAAAGCCAGAGAAUCAGUAAGCAUGUCUUAAAAUAGAUGCAAAGUUGUAAAAUUGCUUCAAAAUGUUUAUCAAGUGCAACAAUUAUAUAUUCAUUUUGCAAUGUUUAAUGUCCGAGGGAGUUGCACAGCCUAUACAAAUUCAUGGUGAACACGCAACACUGACAUUGCGGAAUAUUUCCGACAUCCCGUUGUGUUUGGUAGCUAAACGUGUCAUGCUCAUUGCUUACGAUACGCCAACUCUGACAGAUUACGAGCUCGAGACUAAUUGGAUGAUUUCCUCAAGUGUAAAUAGUGUUCAGCUGUGGCGGUAGAGGACUUCAGGCCUUUUUAUGGAUUUCAAUGAUAUUUUGUAACCAUGCUUCUUUUUGGCCAUGAUGUACAGAUGUAACUGUUGCCACAGGCGGUUGUUCUUGUAGCAUUGUUAGGCCUACAUUGUUUCAUGGUACUCCAUCACCCCCAAUAUUUUCACUUCUUAUGCUUGGCUACCUAAUGCACACACUUAAGUACAUAUUGUAACCUAAAGAUUACAUUUGAGUAAAUUAUACUAUUUUUGACAUAAUUGCAGCACAAAGUUUACUCAACUCUUUUUGAAACUCUCUUAAGCAGGUACCUCAAAAAUGCUGCAACAGAGCUGAGGAACACCAAUAACAGAAUGUUAAUUCUGUCAGCUAUGUUUUACACAAGGUUUCCGUUAUAAGGACAAAGAGAGUUGUCACAUGUUUUAAAGAAGGGGGGGGCAGCCUCUGACCUAUAGAAACAGGAAAUACAGCCUAUAAUGCAUUUGCCAUUCGGAAGGUUAAUUGCCCUCAUCAACAUGGUCACUUCAGAAGCUUCUUAAAUGAUUUAGGUUAUUGGUAGUUUAUUUAAAGGAAACACGUGUGGCUUUGGGAUGCGGUUUGAAAAACCACUAGAUGAACUGAUAAAGUUAUCUUCAUUUCACUGGCUAGUUUCUAUAUCUCCAUUCACAACAUGAGAUGGACUUUGAUCCUGCGCACCACUCUUACAAGUGUUGGUAUGUGAUCAGGCCUCUGAGUGGUUAAUCAGGUAUAAAGACAGGGUAAUGCCAUUGCACAUAGUCAUAAACCAAUGUCAGAUACGGUUGCCUUUUGGUUUCCAUACAAAAAAUAAGUUGCCUUUAGUGCGUAUAGAAACUAAAAAAGAAUAGAGGAGCGGCUGUCCCUAUCCAUUGUUUCUGCUAUCAAAUGUUACGUUUUAUUACCACAAAAGCAUACCUGUAGCAUUGUAGCUGAAUUUUUCACUUCCUCCAUAUCAAAUCUCUUAUAAAAAAAGAGUUUGAUGGUUCCAUAACUUAUUGUUAGUACUGAAGGUAAGCUAAUUAGAACAGUAAAGGGAAAAACUUGCUAAUAAGUCACACCACCACAUGUCACCAGUCAAAUAACAAUAAAGACAGAGUAGCCAUUUUGUGAGAUGAAAGCUGAACUUAAUUGAAUCUUCAGUUUUGGUCCACUGGGGACUCCUUCACUGGUUGUGUGUGUGUGUGUGGCCUUUGACAGUGUAAACCUCUGUGGCACACAAUGACUGCAGCCAGCUCCUUGUUAAUGUCCCCUCUGGGGUCUCAUAAUGAGGCUAGGUAUUCAGCCUGUGCCAGCCAGGAGCGUUGUUCUCAUUACACACAGUGUGUGGAGUGCAGCACAGCACAGGGGAAUUCUCCUGGGAAGGCCCUCUUCUCUCCCCAACAGGUGCCACUGAGGUGGAAAAGUCACCAGUGUUUUUGUUGUUGAAAUUUGAUUGUGUCCUUGAAAGUACUGCAUAUGUUUGUCUGUCUUAACCUGCAUCGUGGGCAAAAAUGUAUUUUGACAAGUUCUUCUCUUCUCUCCUAGGCUGAGGCCGAUGUCGCUUCCCUUAACAGACGUAUCCAGCUGGUUGAGGAGGAGUUGGAUCGUGCUCAGGAGCGUCUGGCAACUGCCCUGACCAAGCUGGAGGAGGCUGAGAAGUCUGCUGAUGAGUCUGAGCGGUGUGUACUUAUGGAGGACAGAGAGUUAGACUGUAGAGUAGACUGAGUUUUUCUUGCCUCUUACUGUAUUUGGAGUUGUUAGGGCCUUUGGGGAAAGGGCAGUUUUAGCCUAAGGGCAGCUGUAGCCUAAGUCAUGACUGGCGGUGCCACUGACCAAUUUCAACAAACACACGCUGUUUCAGUCGAGACUGAGGUCCUGAAUAAAUGGGCCGUGACGCGAGGCUCUGUUCCCAUUCCUUUGUUUGGUGUAUAAACAGCCCCUCUGUGCUGCACAGCCCAAGGCCUGAACUCUAUUGAGUGUAGGUCAGACCCUGUGUAGGCUAGGCCUGCCCUGUCAUCCCCAGUGCUACAGCAGUGCAGUAUUCUGCCCUCAGUCCAAUAAGAAAGCUGUCAGGCCCAGGCCUUGACAUUGAAAGGGCAUAUUAAAGAUUCACUAGCAGCCAGUGUGGAUGUGCACUGGGCGUACACUGCCCACCCAGGUUUAGUCUUGGACUCAAACUAUUGAUCUGAGUCAUUGAGUUACAGCGCAGUGCUGCUAUGAGCCUUGGGAUGGGACUCUUUCUAACGUCUACUUCCUGUCUGUCCCUUCCAUCCUCACAGAGGCAUGAAGGUAAUUGAGAACAGAGCCUCCAAGGAUGAGGAGAAGAUGGAGCUGCAGGAGAUCCAGCUGAAGGAGGCCAAGCACAUCGCUGAGGAGGCUGACCGCAAAUACGAGGAGGCGAGUCUCUCAGCUGCUGCAGUUGUUGGCUGCUGUCCAGCUGUCUCUACAGCCCAGCCUCCCCACACCCUGCCUUUAACCUACACUAACACCACACAAUAACAUAAUGGCACACACAUAUGAUUGAGUCUACUUUGUAAAGCAAACAUGGUGAUUUAGUCAUCUCUACCCUGACAUACCCCAAUUCAUAUAGGGUAUAUGUACAGUACACAGAUAUGUUGUGUGUGUGUGUGUGUGUAUAUACACAGCUAUUUUUGUGUAUAGAGUGUAACUCCUUGGUGUGCUGUACCUAAAGGUUGCCCGUAAGCUGGUCAUCAUUGAGAGUGAUCUGGAGCGUUCAGAGGAGCGCGCUGAGCUUUCAGAAGGGUAAGAUCUAAUGCCCCCUAACGGUAACGCUGCACUUAAUUAACAUGCAUGGAUGGAGUUAUUUAACAUUCUACUUUAACACCGCCUGGCUCAAAGUUGUUUAUUUUCAACAUGUUGCUCGCACUCGUUGUUGCAUGUACUAUUAAUUUGCGUGUGUUCCAUGUUUCGAAUGGCCGUUUUGUUUGCCACUAACAGACUGAUUCGAAGAGAGGAGGACGAGCUAAGAGUUUUGGAACAAAGCUUAAAAUCACUUACAGCUUCUGAAGCAAAGGUACUACAGACUAACAACGUAUUCUGUUAGGUCUAUCUUUAUAGACUUUUGUACUACUUCCUCUUGUCACGUUCAUUCACUCUGCUGAAUGAAGCCUCUCUUUCCUCCUUGCACCUUGCUCUGCUUUGCUAUAUUUUCCUAUGUUUGGGCAUACGCUCGGGAUAUCAUAAAACUAGAACCUUUUACACCUCUAACCUGGCAGGAACUGUGCAAGAAUAACAUCUUUCACAUGCAGUACUAGCUAGCAUUCUUAAUCUGACCAAAUCUGCAUGCUAAAAGGCAUUUAUAAAAGUUUCUCUGUAGUCUACUCUCCACCUCUGUUAUUAUUGUCACAUUCCUGCUGUGUUGAGGCACUUUGGUCUCCUUCCUGUAAUUCCCCUAGUUCAUAUUCAUUUUGUUUUAUUUCUUCUCCCCUUUCCUGCUCUCCCUCUUUCCAUCCUGUUUCCAUUUCUCAUUGGUGUCUCAAUACCCCUCCAUUUCGGCACACUUUUCUCUGGACCCUCUGCACCCUCUCCCCUAUAACACCAGCAAAUGCUCUGAGCUUGAAGAAGAGUUGAAAACUGUGACCAACAACCUGAAGUCACUGGAGGCCCAGUCUGAGAAGGUAGGUCGUCUGCUGCUGUGUUUUGGCAUGCUGUCCAAAUCCCAGCUCCUCCAAAGCCAUGCUGGAGAAGGAACCUGAAGAACCAUUUACAGCAACACUUGGUUCAUUGGAUACAGUAUCUUGCAUACAAAUUGCAUUGGUCUAAGAUUAGUCUAACUUUGUACUAAAGAUGAAAGGCAAAUGGACCUUCCAGUAUUUUUCUGUCAAUUGAAUAUAAACCUAUUGUGUCUUGUUAGAACUGAAUGAUAAAUAUCAUUAGAUGUAAGGUUUUUGUUUCAUAUAAAUAAAGUGAGUGUUUAUCUGUAGACUGGUGGGGGUGUAGCGGUUAUCUGUGGGUAGAUGCAUGACUCCUGUUUCUGCUUUUUUUUGGUCAACAGUAUUCGCAUAAGGAGGACAAGUAUGAGGAGGAGAUGAAGGUCCUCACCGACAAGUUGAAGGAGGCAAGUUUCACAACCCCCCCCCCCCCCCCUUAUCUACAGACUUUGGCCAGAGGCCAGGUUAUUUAAUUGCUGUCGGUACUGUAGGCCUACAAUAUCACUCACUGUGUGACAUUUAAAGACUGUUUGAUUCUUAAGCACCUGUCUCUCUACCACAGGCUGAGACUCGUGCUGAGUUUGCUGAGAGAUCAGUAGCCAAGCUUGAGAAGACCAUUGACGACUUGGAAGGUAUUACGUUUUUGCAGUUAAUUUCAAAACUGUACUUUGGUCUGUUGUUUGGAGUAGGCCUACAGUUUAUAGUGUCAGUUGGUCUCAUUCAUGGCCAUUCGGUAAGUGUCUAUACUUCUUUCAAAAUCUCUUCAACAAGAGGAAAUCCUCUUCCCUUCUUUGCUACACCUCAUUAAUCUAAUCUUUGCUACCUCUUAUUUCCAUUAUUAUCAUUAUAUUUUGAGCAACACGUGCCCAUUUAUUGAGUCAAUCUACUUUUGGGUUACAGCUGAGUGGAAAUUACAUUGGUAGUUGGACAUUUGACAGGUCUUCCUCUUCACUCUAUAUUUAAGAUUGUUCAUAGAUUGGGUUGCUUUUGCCUGUUUAUCUGUAACAAUGAAGUUACAUUGCAUCUGCUCAAUGAGAAUGGGCUAUUAGUCACAGUAAGGGAAAUGCUGCCCUACAGCUGCUGAUUCCAGUAAAUCAUCCAUCUGUUGGUUAAAUAAUGUCUCAUGAGGCUGUCAUAGUAUUUAGUAGGCUGAGGAAGCAGCCAUAUGGUAAUGGAAUCUCUGACAUGAGAUGUUCAAGGGCCAGCUCCAGUAAUAUGUUCACUAUUUCUUGAUGAUGCUGAAGAAUUUGUCAUGGCCUCAAUCACAUUUCUGUUCUAUCUUCUGGUAUAACGUUUUUUUCCUUUUCCACUCUGUCCAUCUCUUUCCCCCUCCCUCUGGGGUCUUACUGAUGACCUGGACACCCUUCACCCUCCUUCCCACACACCCCUCCAUUUCUGCCCCCUCCUCCUCCCUUUUGGUGCACUUGGCCCACAUCCCAAUAGAUGAGUUGUAUGCCCAGAAACUGAAGUACAAGGCCAUCAGCGAAGAGCUGGACCACGCCCUCAAUGACAUGACUUCCAUGUAA